UCUCGCGCACGAGGCGAACGGGCAAGUUGGCUGCGGGCGUGUGGCGGCAGCUCCUUCCCUUAGCGCUGCGACCCUCGGCAGUGCAAGCCAUGAACUGAAGCCCCGAGGGACGGAGACCCGAGCGGAGUUGCGGAGCCACGGCAGCAGCCGCCGCCUCAGCGGGGAGCGAGCAGACCCGGCGCGGAGCCGCGACCCCGGCGCUUUUCCCUCCCCGUCGCCGCUCCCACCGCUGCAGCCGCGAGACUCGACACACAAAAGCCGCCUUCUCCACGCCGCCCGCCCAACGAGGCAGCGGCCAGCGAGGGACCCCACCUGAGGGCGGCUCGGGCUGCUGAGUUCGUUUUGUGUCUGAGCUCCGAGCUCCGCGCCGCGCGCGGAACCGACCCUGUGCUCAUGGCUCUGAUCAUGGAACCGGUGAGCAAAUGGUCUCCGAGUCAAGUAGUGGACUGGAUGAAAGGUCUUGAUGACUGUUUGCAGCAGUAUAUUAAGAACUUUGAGAGGGAGAAGAUCAGUGGAGACCAGCUGCUGCGCAUUACACAUCAAGAGCUAGAGGAUCUGGGGGUCAGCCGCAUCGGCCAUCAGGAACUGAUCUUGGAAGCGGUUGACCUUCUGUGUGCACUGAAUUAUGGCUUGGAAACAGAAAAUCUAAAAACCCUUUCUCACAAGUUGAAUGCAUCUGCCAAAAAUCUACAGAAUUUUAUAACAGGGAGGAGAAGGAGUGGCCAUUAUGAUGGGAGAACCAGCCGAAAACUGCCAAAUGAUUUUCUGACUUCGGUUGUGGAUCUGAUUGGAGCAGCCAAGAGUCUGCUUGCCUGGUUGGACAGAUCACCAUUUGCUGCUGUCACAGACUAUUCAGUUACAAGGAAUAAUGUCAUACAGCUCUGCUUGGAAUUAACAACAAUCGUGCAACAGGAUUGUACUGUAUAUGAAACAGAGAAUAAAAUUCUUCAUGUGUGUAAAACUCUUUCUGGAGUCUGUGACCACAUCAUAUCCCUGUCAUCAGAUCCUCUAGUUUCGCAGUCUGCCCACCUUGAAGUGAUUCAGCUGGCAAACAUCAAACCAAGUGAAGGGCUGGGUAUGUAUAUUAAAUCAACAUAUGAUGGCCUCCAUGUAAUUACUGGAACUACAGAAAAUUCACCUGCAGAUCGGUGCAAGAAAAUCCAUGCUGGUGAUGAAGUGAUUCAAGUUAAUCAUCAGACUGUGGUGGGGUGGCAGUUGAAAAAUUUGGUGAAUGCACUACGAGAGGACCCGAGUGGUGUUAUCUUAACUUUGAAAAAGCGACCUCAGAGCAUGCUUACCUCAGCACCAGCUUUACUGAAAAAUAUGAGAUGGAAGCCCCUUGCUCUGCAGCCUCUUAUACCUAGAAGUCCCACAAGCAGCGUUGCCACGCCUUCCAGCACCAUCAGUACACCCACCAAAAGAGACAGUUCCGCCCUCCAGGAUCUCUACAUUCCCCCUCCUCCUGCAGAACCGUAUAUUCCCAGGGAUGAAAAAGGAAACCUUCCUUGUGAAGACCUCAGAGGACACAUGGUGGGCAAGCCAGUGCAUAAGGGAUCUGAAUCACCAAAUUCAUUUCUGGAUCAGGAAUAUCGAAAGAGGUUUAAUAUUGUGGAGGAAGAUACUGUCUUGUAUUGUUAUGAAUAUGAAAAGGGAAGAUCAAGUAGUCAAGGAAGACGAGAAAGCACCCCAACUUAUGGCAAGCUACGACCUAUAUCUAUGCCAGUGGAAUAUAAUUGGGUGGGGGACUAUGAAGAUCCAAAUAAGAUGAAGAGAGAUAGUAGAAGAGAAAACUCUCUACUCCGAUAUAUGAGCAAUGAAAAAAUUGCUCAAGAAGAAUACAUGUUUCAGAGAAACAGCAAAAAAGACACAGGGAAGAAGUCUAAAAAGAAGGGUGAUAAGAGUAGUAGCCCGACUCACUAUUCAUUGCUACCUAGCUUGCAAAUGGAUGCACUGAGACAAGAUAUCAUGGGCACACCUGUGCCGGAGGCCACACUAUACCAUACAUUUCAGCAGUCUUCUCUGCAGCACAAAUCAAAGAAGAAAAACAAAGGUCCUAUAGCCGGCAAGAGCAAAAGACGGAUUUCUUGCAAAGAUCUUGGCCGUGGUGACUGUGAGGGCUGGCUUUGGAAAAAGAAAGAUGCGAAGAGUUAUUUUUCACAGAAAUGGAAGAAAUACUGGUUUGUCCUAAAGGAUGCAUCCCUAUAUUGGUAUAUUAAUGAGGAGGAUGAAAAAGCAGAAGGAUUCAUCAGUCUGCCUGAAUUUAAAAUUGAUAGAGCCAGUGAGUGCCGCAAGAAAUAUGCAUUCAAAGCCUGUCAUCCUAAAAUCAAAAGCUUUUAUUUUGCUGCUGAGCAUCUUGAUGAUAUGAACAGGUGGCUUAACAGAAUUAAUAUGCUGACUGCAGGAUAUGCAGAAAGAGAGAGGAUUAAGCAAGAACAAGAUUACUGGAGUGAGAGUGACAAGGAAGAAGCAGAUACUCCAUCAACACCCAAACAGGACAGCCCUCCACCCCCCUACGAUACAUACCCACGGCCUCCCUCCAUGAGUUGUGCCAGUCCUUAUGUGGAAGCGAAACACAGCCGGCUCUCCUCGACAGAGACCUCUCAGUCGCAGUCCUCCCAUGAGGAGUUUCGCCAGGAACUGACUGGGAGCAGUGUGGUGUCCCCCAUUCGCAAGACAGCCAGUCAGCGCCGCUCCUGGCAGGAUUUAAUCGAGACGCCCCUGACGAGCUCAGGGUUACACUAUCUUCAGACUCUGCCCCUGGAGGAUUCCGUCUUCUCUGACUCCGCGGCCAUCUCCCCAGAGCACAGGCGGCAGUCCACCCUUCCAACUCAGAAGUGCCACCUACAGGAUCACUAUGGGCCGUACCCCUUAGCCGAGAGCGAGAGGAUGCAAGUGUUAAAUGGAAACGGGGGCAAGCCUCGAAGUUUUACUCUGCCUCGAGAUAGCGGGUUCAACCACUGCUGUCUGAACGCGCCGGUUAGUGCCUGUGACCCGCAGGAUGACGUGCAGCCCACAGAGGUGGAGGAAGAGGAGGAGGAGGAGGAGGAGGAAGGGGAGGCAGCAGGGGAAAACAUAGGAGACAAAAGUGAAAGUAGGGAAGAAAAGUUAGGAGACUCUUUGCAAGAUUUAUAUAGGGCAUUGGAGCAAGCCAGUCUGUCACCACUGGGAGAACAUCGCAUUUCAACCAAGAUGGAAUACAAGCUAUCAUUUAUAAAGAGAUGUAAUGAUCCUGUGAUGAAUGAAAAACUACACAGGCUAAGAAUUCUCAAAAGCACUUUAAAGGCCAGAGAAGGGGAAGUAGCCAUUAUUGAUAAAGUCCUAGACAAUCCAGACUUGACAUCAAAAGAAUUCCAACAAUGGAAGCAGAUGUACCUCGAUCUUUUCUUGGAUAUCUGUCAAAACACCACCUCAAAUGACCCAUUAAGUAUUUCUUCUGAAGUAGAUGUAAUCACUUCCUCCCUAACACACACUCAUUCAUACAUUGAAACGCAUGUGUAAGUGUAUUCUGCCCUCUGGCCAUGUGGUACCUUCUGGUACUUUGAACAAGUAUAUAAGGUAGUUUUUAUAUCAACGUGUGGGACACUUGACAAGCUAUACUUCAAUGUUACCAAAACUAUAUGAAACAAACCCUAUAUGGUCAUAAUACCACUGUCUUUAAUGAGCAUUUGUAUAUUUUAUAUGCAGUUAGUGCUCAGCUUAUGUUUACCAUGUGCAAAAUCAACUGUCUUCAAUGACUUAAAAUUAACUUUUGCAAACAACUCUGAAGACAGGUGGUCUUCAAGUAGAAAAAACACAAAAAGGUGGUUUUCUAUCUAAGGUCAUCUUUUCUCCCUUUAAGUUAAUUUUAUAUAAACAAGACUUCAAAACUAAAUCACAUUUUUUCAGGUGCAGACAUCCUUGUGGGUGGGAAAGAAUUUAAACCUUUUUUAUAUUUAUUAAAAUGUUCUAAGAAUUUUCUUAAACAUUGCACAAAGUUUAAUGCUGUA